AUGACUGUCACUGGCAAUCUGUAUUCUCCUCUGGGGGAGUGCGACCCCAUUGUGACCACCAGAGGAGUCCCAGGAGAGUGUGUGGAAAGCCGUUUGCAGGUGGACAGAAGCAUGUCUGUGUCCCUGUGGUGUGAGGAGGUGGAGGAGGACCAGACCGAGGCCCGGGGCCUGGCCGAGGCCGCCCGGGGCCAGGCCGAGGCCGCCCGGGGCUCGGCUCAGCUGCGAGCCGCCUGGGACCCCACCGUGUCCGGGCACCGCGUGAUCCAGAGGCUGCUCCACGUGGAGGAGAGGUACGCGCCCUCCGUGCUGUACAUCACCCUCAUCCAGCGGGAGCCGGAGCGCAGGGAGGAGCUCGCCAAGUGGGCCCUGGAGGUGUGCUGUGAGUGUGGCUGCGACGAGGCCGUGUUCCCCCUGGGCGUCUCUCUGAUGGACCGGUUCCUGUCGGCCUCGUUGUCUGUGCCCGUCUCGCCCUACUGCCUCGCCGCCGGCUGCAUCCUCAUCGCCUCCAAGCUGGCGGAGUGCGACAACGUGACCGCCGACACUCUCUGUGCCGCGGCCGAGUACAGCUUCCAGCCCUCCAACCUGCGGGAGAUGGAGCGCCUCAUCCUCGCCACCCUCCGAUGGGACACGGCAGCGGUGACUCCGCAGGACUUCCUCCCGCACUUCCUCGCCUCCGUGGAGGACAGAGGAGACGGAGGCCGCGGCGACUCUGACACCCUGCGGCGGCACAGCGACACCCUGGCCGCCAUGUGCGCCUGCGACUCGGGCUUUCUCGGAGCGCCGCCGUCCAUCGUCGCCGCGGCGUCGCUGAACUGCGCCCUGCGGGGUCUGGGCAACAAGGGGCCCGCUCAGCUGGCUGUGAUUUGUGAAGCUCUGGCGGAGCUCUGUCAGGCGGACCUGGUGGUGCUGCAGUGCUACAGUGACAUGAUCGAAUAUGCCCUCCGACAGCGGCUGAGGAGUGGCCUGCAGCAGGGCCCCAUGGAGAAGGAGGAAGAGGUGGAGAACGAAAGGCCCGGGACACCUACAGACAUGAGAGAGAUUGAUUUCUAAACACUGAAUCAACUGGUGCAUUGAAAGUGUGAAUCAAUCAAAAAAACGUUCCCUAAAGUCUAUCAGUCAAACUGAUGUAAAUUGAUCGUGACCUCAAAAUGCUCUCUGACACGUCUUGAUAUUUAAAAAAACUUUAUUGAGUGACUGUUAAUUUAUUGUUUUAACUUUAUUUAUUCAUGAACAAUUUUGCAGCAGUGUGUUUGUUUUUGCAUGUGCCAUAUUUUGUUAUCUAUUUCUGUUACUUUUAUUGUAGGCCAGAUGUUGUUUUUUGUUGCACAAUAUUUAUACCUUUAAUUUAUUGACUCUUAUUAUGUUAAUUUAUUUCGA